CCCUACAGUGCAACUUUAGUUCGAAUAUUUCGCAUUACGUAGCUAGUCGACGCGUUCGUUCAGAAAAUGUGCUGGAGAACCUGUCGCAACUCAAAACAUUUUAACUCGAGACAGACACGAAAAAAGAAAGGGACAGCAAACUGGUUUUACUGAUAUUUGAAAAACAUGUUUUCCCAGCUAGUAUGCCAAUAUAUACUUUGUAACACUCGACAGGCGCACCGGAAUAGUUAAUGAAGAAAUAUAGCGCACAAAAUAACAAGAACGAGUAAAUUAAUGAUGAUCGAGAGAGACGAGACUGAGUAAACAGUACCGAGAAAAAGCCAAGUAGAGCAAGUGAUAUUAUUACGCAGGUGCGUUCGCGUGGGAAGAGAAAGAGAAAAUGUUCCGCGUCGAUUUUGUGUAAAUGUUUCCCUCUCAUACGCGAGAAAUCUAUUUUUGACUCUCGUCACGAAAACAAAAAUACAAAUAUGAUCCGCGCGUACACUCGGGGCUAUUAUGUUUCCAACGUAAAUUUAGGCACUAGUCGAAUAAUAUGAAAUAUACGCUUCGGUAUAUGUGAUGCGCGAGUUCACAGGUUAAGGCAUUAACGACCCCACACGUAGGUACGCGCGGGAAAAGGAGAGAAGGGAGGAUUUCGUCAUCUUUUUCCAAACUUCUCCGAUUUCUCGGAGAUCCCUCCCUUUUCGAACGCAGGAUCACGCGAUGCAUAGGGUGUCGUAACAAGCGCGAACUCGCGUGCAACUGUCACGUGUUGUGGACGCACGAAAAGUGGGAGAGGGAGAGAGAGAGAGAGAUAGUGGGAGUACGGAAGGUAGGCUAGGCGCUGGAAAGAGCGCGACGCACAUAUACACAUAUAUAUAUACAUAUAUGUAUAAACGAAAUAAUGCUAGAGCGUAUACGUCUAACGUCUAUACGUCAGUCGGCCUCCAUCGCGCGCGCGUCAUCGUCGGGUCGUGCUGCGUCGUGCAAAACGGCGCACAAAGCGCAUCGUUCCGCAGCUUCCUCGCGAAAUCCGUGUCGACCGUCGGCCUCGAGCCGUCCGCCGCCGUCAACCGCGUCAACGUCGCGAUCGUCGUCGACGUCGUCGAGACGCAGUCUCAUAUUUCAUAUUCUCGAGGAACGAGGCAACGAGGCGCGCGGAGACAAAGAGACGUGCGUGCGGGCGUCCUGGCGCAGGUACACGGGUAGACAGUGGAGAGAGAGAGAGGGGGAGAGAGAAAGAAAGGAGAGAAUAGCAUCGCCGAAGUGUGUAUAUAUCGGUGGUCCACUAGGACACUAGUGACUAGUGACGGCAUGACGGGGGUGUGUUGCUCCUCGUUCCUCGACCAACAGCUGUAGCCGCAACUUGGUCUUUCUCCGCCUCGCUUCUACGCUCCAUUCUUUCCCUGUAUCCCACCCCCGCCCCGCCCCGACAGCGGCAGUGGCAGCGGCAGCAGCUGAAGAAGACCCUCGGCAGAGCUGGACAGAGCCACGGAGCAUACGUCGUCGCAUUGCGUCGCACGUCGCACGUCGCACUCGCUGAACUCGCUCUAGAGACCAGUAGAGACUGUCACGACUCACGCGUGCUAUUAAUAUACUCCUCCGUAGUGCAGUGUACAGUUGUCCACGUCCACGAUCGUCUUUGCGUCUUUCGAGCGUGGAACGCUUGCCAUGCAGGACGGCGAGUAGCCGAGGCGAAGAACCGGAGGAGACUAGGAGAGAGACACGGUGACGCGCCACUAGAGAACGAGGGCGAGGGGAGAAGGAGCGUCGUCGCGCAUCGUGCACGCUGGACGACCGCCGUCGACGCCGCCACCGACGACUACGACGACGACGACGAGCGACGUGCCCGCGAUCCGAGGAGCAUGGAGCGACUCUGGGCGCGGGACCGACUCCUGGCCGGUCGCCGGGUCGUGAUACGGGCCACGGAGCUCCUGUGGGACGUGUGCUGCUGGAUGUAUCGUCGGGCGAUGGAAAUUCGGGUCGGCCCGGUCCCGGUCGGCCGCGAUAACGCCGAUGGCGACGCGGCGCCGCCGACGUCGUUGUCCCCGGAGGAGACGUCCGCGUCGCGCGGCCCCGACUCGGUGUGCCGCGGCGGGACCGCGGGGUGCCGGAGCGAGGUGUGCCGCUACUGCCGCGCCGUGGAGAAGACGCUGCUCUGGGAGAACUUGACCGUCAUCGUCAAAUCCCCCAGCCUGCACAUCCUGAUCCUGUUGAACGUGGUGUGGUGGACCUACGACUUGUGGGGGAUACCGGCAUCGCCGAUACUAUUAAAAUUUCUCGACGUAUAUUUUGUUAUCCAAGUAAUGACCGCUUUCAAUUUCAUGGACAUGGGCGCCCCAGCAGCGGAGCGUAGCUUUGGUGGUAGGGUACGUAGUAGUCUUCGCCGGCUGUGGAAAAGCCUGCGGAAGAUGCGGAGCGAGCAACCAGGAUUGCAUUGCGCCGUCCUUUGUCUCGUGGCCUUCGGCCUAUGGUUCCUCGCUCACCUCAAUUUGUCAACGCUUUGCACGAUAUAUUGGGGCGGUGUACUGGUAAUCCUGAUACUGCAUCUAUUACACCUAAAACUGCCUGACAAAGUAUCGGAGUACUUCAAGUCGCAGAGAGGUAUAAUCGAAAGCAUCAAGAAUUUCCCUGAGAAAAAGACUGAUAUCUCGAAGAUUAAACACUGGCAAUGCAACAGCGAAAUCGAGGAUGAAUUUUUACCUAUAGUGACAGAGGCGAAUCUGCAGGUGCUGAAUCGAGUGGGAGAGACGGGCGAUCAUUCGCCAACGCCGACGAGCGUGCGGUCGGACACUCAGAACGAUUCUUUUUACGAGGAUUUCAUAGAGGGUCUCCAGGAGAUAGCGUUCAAUAUGCCCUACCACGGUGAAGGUAGCACCGACGGUGUCGAGCUAUCGGAGUUGGAACUCAGCGUCGGCGAGAACGACGCCGAAGAGGACGGCAUAAAGUUUCAGGCCGGUCACUUCGAGAAGAGCUCGUCGUCUUCUUCCGAGGAGGAAGUCUUCGACGGGAAGAAAAUAAUCGCGGUCAGCAGCGACGAGAGCAACGGCGAUAGUGACUUCGAGAUAAUCGACAAGGAGGAAAUAGCCAAGAUAGAGAUGUGAUGAAGCUCGACCGGUGUAAGAAAAUGAGAGAUUAUCGCGUGCGAUUAAGUUAUCAUGUAAAACUAGAAGAAAACCAUCUAUGAUCUCUGCACGCGGCCGCGAAUGAAAUAAAAAAGUUAAAUCGAGCUACGAGAUAAACAAUAGCGACUUCGCUUGAAACUUGUGUACGUGUUUCUCGGCCGAAUGUGAUGGUAAAUUGAAAUAAAUAAGAUGAUAUAUCGUUUAAGUCACACUACUGUCUCCCGAUCGCAACGUUGUACCCGUGCGCGUACAAAGUAUCGAUCUUGGUCGGAAAGCGCGAAGAUAAAAGCAAAAUUUAUUUAUUUAGACGAAUUCAGUCGAACGCCCGUAUUCUUCCUUCUCCACCGCUUCUAAUUUUGCGCCACUCUCCUAGUGUAAAAGAAGUAACGAAGAGUAGAUGGGCGGGGAUUUGAGAAUAAGGGGAUUCAACUGUAGAUACAUAUAUAUGUACAAUAUGAUACCACUGGUUACUGUAUUUAGUGUCAUGGAUGAUAAGUAAGCGUAUGUACAUUUGCAAUGUAAUAAAUAUGCACCUGUGUACAAACGUUUUAACCCGAAGAGUCAGUUUCGUUUGACCUACGUGCUGUGAUUAAGCACGUUGCAACGGCGUUGUAUGACGGUAAGGACGCGAAAGGUACCUAAUACGAUCAAUAAAAGCUGCACUCCGGUAGCAUAAACAACAAACAUUUUAGAUGUGUAAGAAUGUAUUAUAUUGUAACAUGUGUCCGUGAGAUGUGUAAAAAAAAAACAAUGCGCGAGAAGAUAUUGACGAGAUGUUUGUCGAGUCUGACGCAUUUUUGUAGCCCGUUUAUAAUUGAUGUUUGCCGUCUUGCUCCUGUCUACGCAUCUCGUAUAUUUGAAAAUACACGACAGACGAUACAAAAAUA